AUGGAGGAGUCCGGUGUAUCGGGGGCGUCGUCCAUCUUCAUUUACGCUGACCCUCGUUUCACAGAAGACAUGAACCCACCUGUGCUCCUGGUUCCUGCUCAGCUGACAGGUGGGAUGAUGGCGAGCUGCGUCCCGCUGCUGCUGCUGGUUCUCUGGCGGCUCUGCGGAUCCCAGCAGAUCCAGAACCCCCAACAGGUCCAGAGCUCCGGGCUGAACGGGUUCAGUCUGCACCCCCCCUACUUCAACCUGGCCGAGGGCACGAAGAUCACCGCCAGCGCGACCUGCGGAGAGGACGAGUCCGGCAGGUCGCUGCGGGACCUGUACUGCAAACUGGUGGGAGGCCCAGUGUCCGGGGACCCGAGCCAGACCAUCCAGGGCCAGUACUGUGACAUCUGCAGCCAGGGGGAGAGCGACCGGGCUCGACCCAUCACCAACGCCAUCGACGGCACGGAGCGCUGGUGGCAGAGCCCGCCUCUGUCCCGCAGCACCGAGUUCAACGAGGUCAACGUCACGCUGAACCUGGGACAGCUCUACCACGUGGCCUACGUGCUGAUCAAGUUCGCCAACUCCCCCCGACCCGACCUGUGGGUCCUGGAGCGCUCGGUGGACUUCGGUCAGACCUACCAGCCCUGGCAGUACUUCGCCUCCUCUAAGAGAGACUGUAUCGAGCGUUUCGGACAGAGAACCAUCGAAAGAAUCAGCAAUGAUGACGACAUCGUCUGCACAACCGAAUACUCACGGAUCGUCCCGCUGGAAAACGGAGAGAUCGUGGUGUCCUUGGUGAACGGUCGCCCGGGCGCCAUGAACUUCUCCUACUCCCCGGUGCUGAGGGAGUUCACCAAGGCCACCAACAUCCGCCUCCGCUUCCUGAGAACCAACACGCUGCUGGGACACCUGAUGGGCAAAGCGCUCCGCGACCCCACCGUCACUCGCAGGUAUUAUUACAGUAUCAAGGACAUCAGCAUCGGAGGCCGCUGUGUGUGUAACGGACAUGCUGAGUCAUGCAACGCUCAGGACCCCAGCGACCCCUACAGGUUACUGUGCGACUGUCAGCAUAACACCUGUGGUGUGUCUUGUGGCCAGUGUUGCCCCGGAUACAGCCAGUUACCAUGGAAACCAGCCACGACCUACAGCGCCAACGAGUGUGAACCCUGUAACUGUCACCGUCACUCCUUCGACUGUGUGUACGACCCCGAGGUCGAUCAGAGGAGGGGCAGCAUCGACAUCCACGGACACCACCGAGGGGGCGGAGUCUGCCUCAACUGUCAGCAUCACACCACCGGAGUGAACUGUGAGCGCUGCACCCCCACCUACUACAGGUCAGCUGACCACAGCAUGGACUCGCCCCUGGCCUGCUCACCCUGUGACUGUCGCUCAGAGUUCACAGAUGGAACCUGUGAGGAUCUGACCGGACGCUGCUUCUGUAAACCAAACUUCAGUGGAGUGAACUGUGACUCGUGCGCCGGCGGCUUCCUCAACUUUCCAGAUUGUUACCCCGCGCCCACGUAUCCCAGCAACAACAACAACGGUGAAGCCAAACCAGCCGGAGAGAUCAUCAACUGUGAGUGCAGCGCCGCCGGCACCGUGGACAACUCCUGCCGCCCGGACCCCCGGACUCGAACCUGCGUCUGCAAGCCCGGGUUCACUGGUGACCACUGUGACACGUGCGCUCCGGGGUUCCAUGGACUCAACUGUCAGGCCUGUCAGUGUUCAGGUCACGGAUGUCUGGAGGGGUCCUGUGACCUGGUGACGGGUCACGUUGUGUGUCGGAGUGGUUUCCAGGGCAACCAGUGUGACCAGUGUGCACCAGGAUACUUCACCUACCCGCUCUGCCAACUGUGUGGCUGCAGCCCGGUGGGCUCCCUCCCUGACGGGUGCGAUGCCUCCGGUCACUGUUUGUGUAAACCAGAGUUCCAGGGACCUCGAUGUGAACAGUGCAGAUCUGGAUUCCACUCCUACCCCAACUGCCAAGAAUGCACCUGUGACCCCCGCACCUCGCUGGACGCCGGCUGCACGGCCUCCGGUCACUGUCACUGUCGACCCAACUUCAGCGGCGCCGCCUGCGAGCAGUGUGCUCCCGGUUACCAUGGUUACCCAACCUGCACCCCCUGUCAGUGCUCUGCUGAGGGAUCUCGUUACAGCAGCUGUGACCAGGUGACGGGUCAGUGUGUGUGUCUGCCCAACGUGCACGGACUGAGGUGUGAGAGCUGUGCGACCGGGGCCUACGGCUUCCCCAGCUGCCAGGCUGGGACGUGUCAUCCUGCCGGCUCGGUGCAGAACGUGGUGCAGCCUCCGGUCGGUCAGUGUGAGUGUCGACUGAACGUGGAGGGUCCGGCCUGCGACACGUGCAAACCUCUGUACUGGAGCCUGAGCCACAACACACCUGAGGGAUGCACCAACUGUGAGUGUCACACUGCGGGGACCCUGAGUGGAGUGGCAGAGUGUGCUCAGGAAACCGGUCAGUGUCACUGCAAACCCAACGCCUGCUCUGGGACCUGCUCCACCUGCAAGGACGGCUUCUACAACCUGCAGGAGAAGAGCUACUUCGGCUGCCAGGGAUGCCAGUGUGACAUCGGGGGGGCAGCAGGCCAGUCGUGUGGAGAGAGGAACGGUCGCUGCCGCUGCCGACCCAACGUGGAGGGAGCCAAGUGUGACCUACCUCGUCCUGAUCACUACUUCCCGGACCUUCACCACCUGAGGUUUGAGAUCGAAGAGGGCUCCACGCUGGACGGCCGGCCGGUGCGUUUUGGAUUCGACCCUCUGGAGUUCAAGGGCUUCAGCUGGAGAGGCUACGCCCAGAUGACCUCGAUCCAGUCCCAGGUGCGGGUGACGGUGUGGGUGGGCUCUCCGGACCUCUUCCACGUGGUGCUGCGCUACGCCAGCUGGGGGGGGGCGGCUGUCCGGGGCCGGGUGUCGGUGACGGAGGAUGGAUGGAACAGCCGCUGUGGGAACUGUUCUGAACAGUCCAAGCAGAUCCUCUUCCCUCCCAGUGCAGAACCCUCGUUCCUCAACGUUCCUCAGAACAACUUCGUGGAACCGUUCGUCCUGAACCCGGGAACCUGGACCGUGGUGAUAGAGGCCGAGGGGAUCCUGCUGGAUUACCUGGUCCUGCUGCCCAGUGCCUACUACGAAGCUCCCAUCCUGCAGAUCAAGGUCACAGAACCCUGCAGCUAUAGCUCCGCCCCGGCGCCGACCACAAGUAACUGUCUGCAGUACAGGUAUCUCUCCCUGGACUCCUUCCCCUCCCUCUCCGGUACCGACGCCAGUUGCCGUAACGACAACCACCUGCCCCGCCCCUGCCCGACGGAGCGGGUCAGCCCCGCCCACCCGGACAUGGCGCUGUGCAGCGGCUACGAUAUCAGCGUGGAGCUGCGUGGUCGCCUCCCGGCGCCGGGCGACCACGUCCUGCUGCUGGAGUAUUCCAGUGAAGAAGAACUCCCUCAGACUCUGACGGUGGUGGUGAACGCUCCGGGAUCCCGGGCGCAGCAGCACAGUGUCACCCUGCUGCACUGCAAGUUCAGCUUCCUGUGUCGAGCGGUUGCCAUCGAUGCUCAGGACCGAGUGGCCGUCUUCUCUCUUCCCACCGACGCUGAGGUCCAGCUCAUCUCUGACCGGGCCAGCUUCUUCCUGCACGAGGUCGUCCUGGUUCCUAAAGCUCAGUUCACGAUGGAGCUGGUGGAACCGAAGCUUCAGUGCAUCAGCACCAGCGGACAGUUCUCCCCCGACAGCUCCUCCUGCGCCGCCUCACGCUUCCAGACGCCGUCGGACUCCCUGGUGCUGAAGGACGGACAGAGGUCGACCGGGCAGGAGUCCGUCCUGGCCUCGCCCGCCGCCGCGGCUCCUCCCCCUCCGCUCUACCAGAGCGACGAGCCGGCGUGGACGGGAGGAGACAGACCUCCGCACGGCGUGGACAGCAGCGAGCACGUGCGACUGGACGCUCUGCAGAACGCUGCAGUGUUCUCCACUCGUGUCCACGCGCUGGGACGCUACGUCUUCAUCCUCCACUUCCACCAGCCGCUGCACCCGACCUAUCCGGUGCAGGUCUACGUCAACGGGGGGCGGAUCUGGCAAGGCCACGCCAACGCCUCCUUCUGUCCGCACGCGUACGGCUGCAGAAACGUCCUGAUCUCAGAGAACCAGAUCAUCCUGGACUUGACCGACCACGAGGUCUUCAUCACCGUGACGAUCCCUGAGGGGAAGACGCUGUGGCUGGACUACGUGCUGGUGGUGCCCCAGUCCAGCUACAGCUCCAGCUACCUGAGCGAGGAGCCGCUGGACAAAUCCUACGACUUCAUCAGCAGCUGUGGUCAAAACAGUUUCUACAUCGACCCGGCCACCGCCUCCCGCUUCUGUCUGGGCUCGGCCGUGUCGCUGUCGGCGUUCUUCAACAACGGGGCGCUGCCGUGCGCGUGUCACGAGGUCGGAGCGGAGAGCGACACCUGCGAGGCGUUCGGCGGGCAGUGCCGCUGCCGGCCUCACGUGAUUGGUCGAGACUGCUCCAUGUGCGCCACGGGCUUCUGGGGAUUCCCCAACUGCAGACCUUGUAACUGUGGCAGCAGGUUGUGUGAACCCGUGACCGGCGACUGCAUCUGCCCCCCCCGCACGCUGCGGCCCGAGUGCACGCAGUGCGAGCCCCAGACGUUCGGCUGCCACCCGCUGGUCGGGUGUGAGGUCUGCAACUGCUCCCGGCCCGGCGUCCACCCCCCCGACGUCAGCUGCGACACGCUGAGUGGACAGUGCAGAUGUAAAAACAACGUCGUCGGGCGUCAGUGUGACCGCUGUGCUCCUGGUUUCCAUGGUUACCCCAACUGCAGGCCAUGUGACUGCAACGGCGGGACCGAGGAGGACGUGUGCGACUCCUUCACAGGACAGUGUGUGUGCAAGGAGAACGUCCAGGGCUCUCGCUGUGACCAGUGCCGAGUUGGUACGUACUUGGACCCAACCAACCCGAAGGGCUGCACCAGCUGCUUCUGCUUCGGAGCCACGGACCGCUGCCGCAGCUCGGACCGGAGGCGCACGGAGAUCAUGGACAUGACGGGCUGGGUGCUGCUGGGAGCCGACCGGCAGGAAGUGGCGGUGGCGGUGUAUCCUGACCAGGACCUGGUGGAGGCGGACCUCAGUGACGUCCCUGAUGUCUACCAGGACCUGCACUGGCACGCCCCCAAGACCUACCUGGGAGACAAGCUGAGGCUUCAGAUCUCUGAGACUCUGGAUGUUAUCGAUGUCUGGAUUUUAAGAUGCAGCCGUGAUUCAACGUUCCUGAGUUCAGUGUUUGUUCUAAACCUGCGUGAAGAAUGCACCUGUUCCCCGUGUGGCACCGACUCCUGCGACCCUCACACGGGAGAGUGCCGCUGUAAAGAUGGAGUCACGGGGCCGCGCUGCGACCGCUGCCAGGACGGCUCCUUCGGCUUCGACUCGUGCUCCGGCUGCCAUCAGUGUGACUGCGCGGCGGCGGCGGCGCUGGUGCAGGCGUGCGACCCGCAGAGCGGUCAGUGCGCCUGCCGGCCCGGGGUCAACGGGCCGCACUGCCGACAGUGCGCCCCCGGGUUCUGGAGCUACGGAGCCGACGGCUGCAAGAAGUGCGAGUGUCGGGGGGGUCGCUGCGACCCGCGGACCGGGGAGUGCCGCUGCCCGGACGGGAUGACGGGGAAGCAGUGUGACGUCUGCUCGCACAAACACAACGUGCUGGUGGAGGAGACGCACGGGAUGCACUGUGAACCGUGUGACGGCUGCGUGCUCGUGCUGCUGGAGGAUCUCGACAAGAUGAGCAACAACUUCAGCUCCGUCAGCGUUCAGCUGAAGAACCUGAACGCCAGCUCCAUCGCCUGGGCCCAGCUGAGCGCUCUGAACCAGUCUGUGGACCUCAUCGCUGCGGCGAUAGAGAACUACAACACUUCUCUGGACGAGAGCCGGAGUCGAGCCGACAUGUUGGACGCUGAGAUCAUCAACAUCAAUGAUGAUAUUAAUGAGCUGCAGGACAAGGCGUCCGUGACGAGCGAGCGAGUGGACGCUCUGCAGAACAGUACCAGCGACACACACCAGAGGGCGCAGGAUCUCCUCCUGUUCAUCCACAACCUCACUAUGGAUAUAAACGACGUCCUGCUGAUGGCGAACCGCUCGUCCACCAACGCCACGGAGGCGGAGCAGGACGAGGAGGAGCUGGAGAGGAAGAGCAGGGAGGUGCAGGCCAUGCUGAGGGAGAUGAGGUUCAGGAGCUGUGUGGGACAGAAGAGAGCGGCCGACCGGGAGAAGACAGAGGCCGAGAAACUGUUGCAGCGGGUUCACAAGGACUUGGCCGAUCGUCAGGGACAGAACACCAACCUGACCCGAUCGGUGAGAGACGGUCUGUCCCGCUUCCUGUCGGAGAUGAUGGACCUGCGAGACGCUCUGAACGAGGCCGUCAACAACACGGCGAGAGCAACGGAGGUCAACAACGCCAACGAGAAGACGCUGGAGGACAAUCAGAGGAAGAUGGACGACCUGCUGUCGGAGCAGAAGGAGGUGAAGGAGCAGCUGGACAUGGCUGAAGACGACGUGACGCAGGUCAACGACCUCCUGUCCACGCUGCAGGACUCCAAAGAGGAGUACGAACGCUUGGCGGCCCAGCUGGACGGCGCCCGGACGCCGCUGCUGAACAAGGUGCAGGAGUUUGCGUGGGUGGAGAACAGGAUCCCCCUGGUGGAGGAGGCGGAGAAGCACGCGGCGCUGCUGGACGCUUUAGCCACGAACCUCAGCAGUUUGGUUGAAGAGACGAAGAAAGACGGGAUCGUGGACGUGACUCAAGCGUACAACAAGAUCAUCACCAGCAUCAAGGAGGCCGAGGAGGCCGCCAAGAUGGCCGACAGGGCCGCCAACGCCACCUUGGAGAACGUGAAGAACCAGGACCUGGGGGAGAUCGCCGUCGCUCUGAGGAACCACAGCGUGGACCUGAAGGACGAGGUCCAGAACCUCGAUGAGGAACUCAACAACGAUCUGAAGCCGCAGCUCGACGACGCCCAGAGACGACUGAAGGACGCCAAAGAGAAACAGACUCAAGUGAUGAAGGAUCUGGAGACGAUUCAGAACAACCUCAACUCCACCUCCAACGUGACUCGGGCGAUCGAGGAGGCGAAGGCGGCGGCCGACCUGGCGAACGCCACGGCAACGCAGGUCAACGACGCCCUGCGGCCAAUCAAGGAGCAGCUGGACAAGUGGGAGGAGUCGUACGGAGACGCCAACGCCACCAACGACGACAUCAACAAGGCGCUGAUGGAAGCCAAUCAGACCAUGCACGAGCUGGACGCCACGCUGCCCACGCUGCUGACCAAGCUGGACGACCUCCAGAGCCGAUCGGUCCUGAUGCCAAACAUCUCCGAGAACAUCAACCGCAUCCGGGAGCUGAUCCAGGAGGCGCGCAACGCCGCCAGCAAGGUGAGCGUCCCUGUGAAGUUUAAUGGCGGCUCGGGGGUGCAGGUGAGGACUCCCUCUAACCUGGCUGACCUGGCCUCCUACACGUCUCUGAAGAUGUUCAUCACGCUGCCGGAGGCGACUCGCUCCCGUCGCCAGGACGACGGCCCCAAGCAGUUCGUCUUCUACCUCGGCAACAAGGACUCCAGUAAGGAGUUCCUGGGCAUGGCGCUGCACGGGAAGCAGCUGCAUUGGUUCUUUAACCUCGGAGGAAAAACUGCUGAGGUGACGAUGCGUGAAGACGUCAAGUCGGAUGGAUUCUUCAACACCGUCGGGCUGGAGAGGAUCCUGCAGUACGGUCAGAUGUCCAUGUCCUCUGAGGCCACGGGGGGGGACCAGAGCGUCACUAAGGCUGGCACGGAGGCGGGGGGGGACCAGGGGCUUCUCAACCUGCUGACCGACGACACCGUCUUCUACGUGGGGGGGUACGACCCCAAGACCUUCCAACCCCCCCCCCAGCUCAGUCUGCCCAACUUCAAAGGCUGCAUCGAGCUGGACACGCUGAACGAGGAGGUGCUCAGUCUCUACAACUUCGAGAGCAUCUUCCAGCUCAACACCACCGAGGAGAAGCCGUGUGGCAGGCCGAAGCCGGUACUGACUCAGGCGUGGGUGAACGACGCCUCGUACUUCGACGGCACCGGGUUCGCGGAGGUCACCUUCACCGUGGAGUCGCCUCGCAUGCAGCGCUUCGAACAGGAAGUGAAGCUGCUGUCCCAGCGAGGGAUCCUGCUGCUGCUGCGGAGCGAGAAUCACUUCCUGUGUCUGGCUGUGCUGGACGGCCAGCUGAAGGUGUUCUACGACUUCACUGAUCAGCUGGUGGAGCUGGAGCCCAAAGAGCCAGACUCACAGUUCCUGAUGGUCAGCGACGCCGAGCCCAAAGCUCUGGAGAUCAUCAUCCUGCAAGGGACCAACAACCGCAUCGUGGUGAGGAACAACCGGGUCAACCUGUACAUUCACUCCUUCACCGAGAAGAUCCCUUCCUUCAGCGGCAGCUACUACCUGGGAGGAGUUCCACAAGACAAGAUCCCCGACAAGCUGAAGACCAUGUUCCCCAAGCAGGGUUCUCUGAAGGGCUGCUUCAGGAACGUGAAGGCCUACAGCUCCCACGUGGACCUGAAGAGGAUGAAGAGCUCCGGAGUCAGUUUUGGAUGUGAUGGUGAUCUGCUGGUGGCUCGUGAAGCUCACUUCUCCGGUCAGAGCUACUUGGAUCUGGAUCUCACCAACGUCCCGAGCCUCAGGGACAACUUCUACGUCAGCUUCAGCUUCAGGACCGACAAGAAGGACGGACUCAUGUUCUACCACCAGGAUAAGGACGGCGAGUGUCGAGUGUUCCUGCAGGACGGCCACGUGGUGGUGAGAGCCGGCCUCAGUGAGAUCAAGACAAAGAAGACGUACAACGACGCCAACAGUCACUACGUCGCCUUCUACAACAACAUCACCGGGAUGCGUCUGUUCAUGGACGACGUGCUGGAGAAAGAGAAGGAGGGAAGCCCUACCGACAGGGGGCUGAGAGCACUGACCACAGGGGGCAGCACCUUCCUGGGAGGAACGCCCGACCAGACCAGCAGCAACCUCACCGGGUGCAUCAGCAACGUCUUCAUCAAGAGGGAAACGAGUCCUCAGGCCGUACAGAACCUGCUGAAGGUGAAGAAGAACGUCAACGUCCCUCUGGGUUGUCCCGCCGCCGCCAAACCUCAGCAGAUCGUCGCCGUGACGCCCAAACACAACAAGGCCAAGAAGCACAAGAAACCCUCGGGGUCUCGCAGCCGUAACACCAGGGAGUCGUGCCAGGGGGCGCCGUCGGACCAGGAGAGCGGAGCGACGCACUUCAGCGGCUCCGCCCACAGCCACCAGAGAUACGACGCCCUGCCCCGGGCGCUCGGCGACAUGCCUCACAUCUCCAUGUCGCUGAGGAUCAACUCCUCCGACGGCCUGGUGCUGUACGCCGGCGGCGGCGGGCAGCGUGGCGGUGGCGUCCUGUCCCUCAGCGUGUCCGGAGGGCGCCUGCUGCUGCAGCUGGACGCAGGCAAGAGGAAGCUCAGCCUGCGCAGCCGCAGGAAGUACGACGACGACCGCUGGCACACGGUGUUCGUGAAGCGCGAGGGAGAGAAGCUCCUUCUGAUCGUGGACGGGAUCAACGCUCACUCCAAGAAGCUUCCUGGAGGAGACCGGACGCGUGUCGCCGGGCCGCUGUACGUGGGAGGAGCUCCGCCCACACUGAUGGCUCCCGGCGCCGGAGGCUUCACCGGCUGCGUGAAGGACCUGACGCUGAACGAGGCGCCGGCAGGAAGCCCCGCCUUCUCCCAGGGGGCGUCGCCCUGCUUCCAGAACCCGCUGCAGCCCGGGGCCUACUUCCCUGGAGAGGGGGGGCACCUGGCCCUAGAUGAGUCCUUGGUUCUUGGUCGGGAUCUUGAGAUCCAGUUGGAGGUUCGACCCGUCUCGGACUCUGGGCUGCUGUUGCAUGCUGGGACAUCAGCUGACCAACACCUGAGCCUGGUCCUCAGUCAGGGAGAGGUGACAGUCUCAGUGAACACUGGUAAAGGAGAGUUCUCGGCCUCCUUCACUCCUGAGGAGCCUCUGUGUAACGGACACUGGCACAAGAUCACAGUGGUGAAGAAGAACAACGUCCUGCAGCUGCACGUGGACGCAGCCAGCGAGCUGAGUGUCGGCCCGAGACAGAGCCGCACCGCAGGGGGCGAGCAGAGCGUCUUCCUGGGAGGGAAACCUGGAGGCGCCACUGCUCCCGGUCUCCCUGCCUUCCACGGCUGUAUCCGCUCGGUGGCGGUGAACCAGCGCCCGGCCGUGCUGUCCAAGCCGCUCUCUGUGCACGGAGCCGUGGGCACGCAGGGCUGCCCAGUGUAAACCAGGCUUAUCUUCACAUUCCACAACUGCAGAUUAAUGGUGGUGGGUGUCAUGUUACUGUAGCUAAUUUAAAAUAUA